AUGGACAUACCCAAAUGGGUUUUAGAUCCAUUUUCAAAUACAGAAACCAUAGAUUCUGCAAAAUUAGAAGAAAAAUUGAUAGAAGUAACUUCAAAUGAGGAAUUAAAAUUAAAGUUCAAGGAAGGUUACCAAGUAUUCUGGCAACAAAAGCAGAUACCUAUACUUUAUCCUGGAUUGUGGGCUGUUGUACACACAUUUUUGAUCACAUUUCCAUCAUCCUACUUGGUUGAACGUGGAUUUAGGCUACAUACGCACUAUGCGGUUGCCCGCAAUGCGGCCAGCCGUCCGGUACAACGUGGUUUGAGAGUGCUGAAACAGGAACAUAAAGACGCUGACUCAGCUGCAAGAAAAAACGAAGCGAAAAGGAGCCGAAAGCUGUACAAAACUAACAUAUAA